AUGUAUCAAUCUCGAAGAAAUGCAGUCCCAGUUCUGCUGGUGCUAAUGGUCACCAUGGCAGGUUUCCUGGUGCUGGAAACCAGGGGGAGUCCUUGUGUAAGCACUUUCUUCUCUGCCCUUGUUCAGCUGAUUCCAUGUAGGGCAGCAGUUGCUCCAUUCAGUCCCUACCAACCAAACGAGGCUUGCUGUGUUGCCCUCAAAGCUCUAGGACAGCCCUGUUUAUGUGUACUUAUCAAUGGUCCUCCGAUUUCAGGAGUCGAUCGCAGCCUGGCCAUGCAGCUUCCUGAAAAAUGCGCUGCCAACUUUGAACCAUGUGAGAUUUCAAAGUGA